AUGAAAAUCCCGUCUCUGAUAGUUCUUCUGUCUGUCGCCUCGAUGUGCUUUGGAGCACGAAACAACAUAGGCAAGGAAUUCAUUGUCGGAUUUCUUGACAACGAAGAGACAGGGACGUCCUUGGAUUUGGAAAUAUUCGUCACCACAAUCUCCAACAGUCCAGCGAACGUCACAGUGACGGCUCCAGCCUAUAUUCCAACUCUUCUCCUCGAGACCAUCGUCGCCAGGGGAACCGUUUCAAAACUGACCUUGCCCUACGUACUACGCGGCGUGGGUUCAGCCUCGGAAAUGAAAGGAAUAUUGAUAGAGUCCACGGAGGAAAUAACGGUUUAUUGUGUCAACCAAGAAACGUACUCUACAGAUGCCUUUGUAGCGGUGCCAACUGAGGCAUUAGGUACAUCUUACUAUAUCUUGACGUACCGAACCAACCCGGAAAUGUUGUUCGUGGGGACAGAGGACGGUACAGACAUCCACAUCAUAUUGCCGUCGCCAUCGCAACCAAUCAGCAUCGUCUUUGGCGGCGUCACCUACAUUGAUGGAGAUGUGCUAAAGCUUCGUAUCGGUCGCUUCGAAACGGUACAUCUUUAUCAGGAACAGACCAACGUGGAUUUCACUGGGACAUUUAUACAGGCUAAUAAACCUAUCGCUGUGUUUUCGGGAAACAGGAAAAUUCCGGUUCCGAUUCUAGCCGGAAGUUCUGACCACGUGGUGGAGCAGAUGACGCCGAUCAACACGUGGGGCAAGGAGUUCGUCUUCAUCAGUACUCCAGACAGAACCACAGGGGACCUGGUUCGAAUCAUGGCAGCAGAGGCCUCAACUACAGUGACCAUCAGUGGUGUCGGUAGCAUCACUAUCGCAAGUGCCGGUGGGUUCUACGAGCUGGGAAUAAAUUCUGGAGAAGUAAAAUCCAUCAGUGCCUUGAAGCCAGUACUUGUGGGAGUGUUCAGCAAAACCGAUGCCGGAUCCGACCCGAAUGGUGGCGAUCCGUCUAUGUACCUGUUGACCCCUAGAACACAAUACGCCCCCAACUACGUAUUCAGUACAAUAGAGACGUCAACCGGCAACUUCACCAACUAUCUCAGCAUCGUUGUCAACGUCAACGCGACUUCGGGUCUCCGAUUGGAUAAUGUUGCUAUCGAUAGUCUAGGCAUUACGUGGAUAAAUGUGCCGGACUCAGCAGAUUUGGUAGCCGGAACUGUCAGCGUCAGUCCCGGUAGUCACGACGUCUACCACGAGGACCCUACUGUUGUCUUCAUGGGUUUAUGUACAGGGGUAGCGCCCUUCUCAUCGUACGCCUUCUCGUCAGGGAUGCGACUUGGAUUGAUCAAUGAGCCCUGUUCCCCUACAAGUGCCGUUCCCGGUGAUGUCGUGGACAAUGACUGUGACGGUCGGAUUGAUGAAGAAGAAGCCAAUGGAAUCGAUGAUGACAAUGACGCGGCUAUAGAUGAAGAUUUAGCUGCUCCAAGGCGAGUUAAUGGAGGCUUCAGCGUUUGGACAUCUUGGACCACGUGUACAGUCAGCUGUGGCGGGAACGGAACAACCUCCCGGAACCGGAACUGUGACAAUCCUGCACCUGCGCAGGACGGCUUGCCGUGUUCAGGGAGCCUGUCCGAGAUAGAAGUCUGUGUGUCCGCAAUCGCCGAUUGUCCUAUUGACGGCAACUGGUCAGAGUGGGGCAACUGGAGUGCUUGUUCGGUGACCUGCGGAAGUGGAAACCUGACGAGGUCAAGGUCAUGUACUGAGCCUGCUCCACAGUUUAAUGGGACGGACUGUGUAGGCGUUGCGGAGGAAGCUCAGUCGUGUGAUACAGGCGUUCUUUGUCCAGUGGAUGGCAACUGGGGUGUCUGGACUCCAUGGAGCGUAUGCUCUGUGACCUGUUCUUCAGGGUCACGUGAGAGGUCAAGGUUAUGCGAUAACCCUGCGGCGGCUAAUGGCGGAGCGGACUGUGUUGGACAAGCUAAUGAAACAGAAUCAUGCAACACUGGUGUCAGCUGCCCGGUUGAUGGUGGAUUUCAGUCCUGGACCUUGUGGAGCGCAUGCUCAGUGACCUGUGAAAAUGGAACUCAAACCAGGUCACGGGACUGUAACAAUCCAACCCCCCAGUUUGGUGGAGCUAACUGUUCCGGGGACUUCACCCAAUUAUUGUCAUGUGACACAGGCAUCAGGUGCCCGUUGCCUGGAGGGUGGGGCACAUGGGGGCCUAUGAGUGCCUGUUCUUUGACCUGUGGGGCUGGAGUCCGGGUGAGGAAUCGGCCAUGUAACAACCCUGUACCGGAUCCUGGAGGGGACUGUCCCGGUGUGGAGCUUGAGAUGGAACAAUGCAACACACAAGUGUGUGACCCAUCACACAGCAACAUGACAUGCAUCCAUCAGUGGUUUCCAUGCAGAGAUGGAAGUGCAUGCAUUUACUUCCUCCUGAGAUGUGACUGCUCAUACGACUGCGCAGACGGAAGUGACGAAGAUGUAGAGUAUGCACGUUGUGUCCCUGAUAUCGAUAAGUGCAUGAUGGCCGACGCUACGUCAGUCGUGUUACCCGCGUGCUGGUUGAUCUGGCUUCUGCUCGUACUGUAGCUCGUUGUGUGACAAUACCGAAAUGCAUCAAUGGCAACAAUACUGAUGAUAUCCACAUCUACAGUGGAAAUGUCGCAAUAAUAACAGCUUAAAUUUUACUUAAAGAUUACUGUAUAUUCAUCAGAUCAUCCAUUUGACCUCUGUCAAUAAAUUGAAAAAAGACAGCUGACUAUUACAUCCUUGAAAAGAAGAAAGAGAGCAGCUACUGAAAUAAAUUGAAUUUGACAUUA